GAUGGUCGGCCGCCAUUCGGGCCUCCCGGCCUGCUGCGGCCGACGCGGCCGGUCGAGGCCGGGCUCGGCCCGGCCCGCGACGGCUGGCCGCCGACGAGCGCGCUCGCGCUGCUCGUCAAGAUGGCGGCGGUGGCGAUUGCGGCGACAAAAGUUCAGGCGUACAGCGCUCAGGCGCCUGUCGUCUUUCGUCUUUUGUCGCAUUUCGCACACGCGCGCGCCGCGCGACCCGCGUCGCUCCGCGAGGGCAUGAGCCUUCCGCGAUUCGAUCCCGCAGCCAAAAGCUGCUCGCUCGAACCGCGGCCGACUCUGCCAUCGCGGCCGCAGCUGUCGAGCUCUCCAGAAAACUGGUGCCUCAUAUGCUGCCUCCCUGCGGAUGCUACCGGCGAGCCUGGCGAUCCGCUGUACUUCACAAGGAAGACCAUCGGGUCCUUCAGCCACCAAAGCGGGAUCACCCGAGAGCAGCUGAGCCUGCCUCUGGCCUCGCCUCCCUCUCCUCCAGGCAUUCGUGGCAUCCUAUGGGUCGUCCAGACACCAGAGUAUCGACCUCUGGCGAGUCAGCCAGUCACUUGA